UGGCGCGCGCCAGACAUGAGCAGUGGCAAGUGACACAGUGAGUGACUCGCAACAUGGUGGUGCUGGAAGGAGGCGGCGCUCUGUUGGAGCCCGCGCUGGCCCUCGACGGCGCCGCGGCGGCCUGCCUCGAGCGAGCCUACGCUCAGUCCGACGUGUCCCUCAAGCUGCUGCCCAAGAGGUACAUCAACCUGCACCAGUGGCUGUCGCCGGUCACCACCUCGGUCGCCGCCGCCGGGAAAGAUCUCAAAUUACAAAUUCAAUUAUUCCGGUCCCAACAAGCGGCGGCGGCGGGCGGGCAGGCGGCGGCUCAGCUCCAGCUGCUGCAACAACAGCAACAGCAACAAUUCCAACUGCAGCAACAAUUGGCGGCACAGCAAGCGUUCACGCAGGCGCCGUACGUGAUCAACCCCGGGCAGGAGGGCGCGCCGUACGUGGGCACGCUGAUCGCGGGCGUGCCCCCGUACUACGGCGUGGCGGCGCCGUGGGGCGUGUACCCCGGGCUGGUGACGCAGCAGCAGGCGCAGCAGCCGCGGCGGCCGCUCACGCCGCAGCCGGCCGAGCCGCCGGUGAACGGGCAGGGCCAGUACGUGAUCCCGUACUACGACCCCGGCUCGCUGGUGAUGGGCGCGCGCAACGGCACGCCGCUGCGGCUCGUGUCGCCGGGCGGCGUGCUGGCGCCGCGCACCUACCCCGCGCCCGCGCAGCCCGCGCAGCACCAGCACCAGGCAGUAUCGGUAGCGAUGCUGUGGAGCCGGAGGAAAUACUUGCAGGACGUUUUGCGAGUUUGUAUGAUGCCGGAUGGAAUUUGUAGCAUCAAUCGGUCGAGUGACGUAGAUAUCAGCAGUGUCGCGGCCAGACGGGCUGCGGCACUGGCGCCCCGGCACAGUGAGCAGCGCGGAGUCGCCGUUGUUGCAGGCGGCGCGCGGCGCGACUCGCUGGAGCUGGGCGGCGCCGCGCACGACUACGCGCGCAAGUGGGGGCCGUCGCCGCUGUCGCCGCCGCUGGCCGCCGCGCUGGGGCCCGUGGGGCUGCGGCCCGUGUCGGCCGCGCCCGGCGCCGAGACGGCCAAGUACAGAGCCGUCAGCAGCCUGGCGCAAGGGCUGACGUCCAACGGCGGCAUGUUCGGCUCGUCGUCGUCGCUGCUGAGCAAACUGGGCGCGGUCACCGGCAUCACAGACGUGUCAGAGCUGGUGAGCGGCGCCGUGGGCGUGAGCGCGCUGGUGGGUGAGAAGCCGGCCGCGGGGCGCUCGCGGCUGUUGGAGGACUUCCGCAACAACCGCAUCCCCAACCUGCAGCUGCGGGAGCUGGCCAACCACAUCGUGGAGUUCUCACAGGACCAGCACGGCUCUAGGUUUAUACAGCAGAAGUUGGAGAGAGCGACGGUCCAGGAGAAACAAAUGGUGUUCAAUGAGAUAAUAGGGGCCGCCUACAGUCUGAUGACCGACGUGUUUGGAAACUAUGUGAUACAGAAAUUCUUUGAAUUUGGAACGCAAGAACAGAAGACGACGUUAGCACAGAAGGUGCGCGGGCACGUGCUGGCGCUGGCGCUGCAGAUGUACGGGUGCCGCGUGAUCCAGAAGGCGCUGGAGUCCAUCCCGCCCGAGCAGCAGCAGGAGGUGGUGCGCGAGCUGGACGGACACGUGCUCAAGUGUGUCAAGGACCAGAACGGGAACCAUGUGGUACAAAAGUGCAUAGAGUGUGUGGAGCCCAACGCGCUGCAGUUCAUCAUCAACGCGUUCGCGGGCCAAGUGUACGCGCUGUCGACGCACCCGUACGGCUGCCGCGUGAUCCAGCGCAUCCUGGAGCACUGCACGGCCGAGCAGACGGCGCCCGUGCUGGGCGAGCUGCACGCGCACACGGAGCAGCUCAUCCAGGACCAGUACGGCAACUACGUGGUGCAGCACGUGCUGGAGCACGGCGCGCCCGAGCACCGCGCGCGCCUCGUGGCCGGCGUGCGCGGCAAGGUGCUGCAGCUGUCGCAGCACAAGUUCGCGUCCAACGUGGUGGAGAAGUGCGUGUCGCACGCCACGCGCACGGAGCGCGCGCUGCUCAUCGACGAGCUGUGCGGCUUCAACGACAAUGCUCUCCAUGUAAUGAUGAAGGACCAGUACGCGAACUACGUGGUCCAGAAGAUGAUCGACGUGGCGGAGCCCACACAGCGCAAGGUGCUGAUGCACAAGAUCCGGCCGCACAUCGGGUCGCUGCGCAAGUACACGUACGGCAAGCACAUCAUCGCCAAGCUCGAGAAGUUCUUCAUGAAGGCGCCCGAGCUGGGCCCCAUCGGGCCGCCGCCCAGCGCCGCGCUCUAGUGACGCACAGCCCUAGUAUUAGACGGGCCCGGGGGCGAUGCGACGGCGCGGAAUUCCCGCCUAUUAUAAAUUUGUGAAUAUUUGGAUUGUACAUUUGUAACUAUUAGGUCGCCGCCUGUACAUAUAGCGGCAGACUGAUGUACAGAAGACACGAUUACUCUUACUGUUUACUGUAACCAUAGUUGUACAGCGUCGACGCCGUCGCCUCACCGCGCCGCACCCAGCUUAGAGAAUAAGUGUUCUAGUAUUAUUUGUUGUUGGUACGAAUCUAUGUAUAAAUAUUUGAACGUCUCUCAUUUUCGUGUAAUUUAUGAUCGGAGAGUGACCUCCGCCACCGUAGCGCGUCACCGUAGCGUACGUCGUGUUGUGUGGGCGAGUCGCUCGGGCCGGACGGUCGCCACUGGACGCUCGUUUGUUUUAUCGUAUUAACUCGGAGUCGAGCUCUCGUUUGUGUUUGUUGAACGUAACUGCCGGCCACAGUCGUACAUAGGUUUAUCGAAUAGUUGAGCGCCGGCGUGUAUAGUUUGUCGAUUAUGUUUUAUGAAAUGAUAUUUUUGUAUAUUUUUAUGUAAGAUGUAGUUAAGUUGUUUGUGGCGAGCGUGAUGCGUGCUGAUCGUGCCGUGCGUGCAGCGUCGACGCGGCCGAGCGGCCACUCAUUCCCUCUGUAAUUAAUUUAUAUAGGAAGCGUAGUUUCCUAUGGCACCUCACAUUUUUUACGUCUAGAUGUAAUGUAAUUGAAUUGAAAAUAAAAUGAAUGUAUAUGGCUGUACAAAAAGUAAACAAAAUGAUUUGUAAAAGUUGUAUGAUGGAGCAGGAGCGAGCGGGCGCCGCGGCCGUGCCCCAGGGCACGCAUGGUGCGCCUCGCCUCUAGGUUGUACUAGAUAACAUUUAUAUGAUGAUCCAUCUAUUUAGACAUUAAUUAAAUAAAGCAUUUCUGUAAUAAUAUUACAAAGUAAAA